AUGGUAAGUACAAAUGGUGUUUUUUCCAAAGCCGAUACAGAUAUGGAAGAAGGGAAAACUUUAUUAAUGAAAAAUUAUGAAAAAUUAUCCAUAGUAGCAACAAAUAUUGAAACAAUUGAUAAUCAAUUGACACAAAUAUAUGUUCAAAUGCUUCAAUGUCAUCAACAAAAUACAAAUCUUCAUCAAGAAUUGAAUAAUAUGGAGAUAAUAAAUUCCUUAGAAAAAUCAUAUCUUGAUACAAUAUUACUUAAUCAAAAUAUUUUAAUGCAAGAUAUCACAAUGCUAAAACAACAAGUAGAAAAUGAAAAUCAAAUAAUAAAAGAUGGACCUAAUGGAACAAUAGUUUGGAAAAUAAUUAAUGUUCGUGAAAAGACAUAUGAUGCUCAAUCAGAACGACGAACAAGUAUUUAUUCACCUGCUUUCUAUACAUCAAAUACUGGAUAUAAAUUAUGUGUUCGACUUUAUCUUAAUGGUGAUGGUUCAGCACGAGGUUCUCAUAUAUCAAUUUUUCUUUUAAUACUUCGAGGUUCAUAUGAUAGCUUAUUGAAAUGGCCAUUUUCUUAUCGUGUAUCAUUUUGUCUUUUUGAUCAACGAACAAUAAUUGAAACAAAUGGAAAUAUACAACCUAAACAUAUUAUUGAUAGUUUUCGACCUGAUAUAACUAGUAUAAGUUUUCAACGACCAUGUUCAGAAAUGAAUAUUGCUUCAGGAAUUCCAAAAUUUUUUUCUUUAAUUGAAUUUAAUAAAACUGAAAAUGAAAAUUUAUAUAUUAUAAAUGAUACUAUGUUUAUAAAAGUCUUAAUUGAUUUUAUAGGAAUAUCUCGAUCAAUACUACCUUUUAUUUUCAAUUUAAAUAUUGCACUACCUACACAUAUACAAGAAAAACUUAUUUCGAAAGAAAUCAAACGACGUGAAGAACAAAAUAUUCAUUGA